AUGGCCGAAAAGCAUGACUAUUGAUUAUCCGAACGAUCGUUUAUAUUGGGUGGAUGCCAAGUUAAAGAUAAUCGAAUCAAUACGCUUAGACGGCACCGAUCGAAGACUUGUACUACAUGAUAUAAUACAGCAGCCAUUUUCUUUGGCGAUCUUUGAAAAUAAAUUGUAUUGGAGCGAUGAAGAAUCAAAAACAAUAGAGUCCUGCAAUAAAUUUACUGGAAAGGAUUGGCAAACCUUGUAUCGAAUCAACGAAGAACAUCAGCCUUAUAGUGUGCACAUCGAUCACUCGGCUAUAAAGCCCAAAAUUAACAACCCAUGUCACUUCAAUCCGUGUUCUGAGCUGUGCAUGUUGAAUCAGGAUAAAGGAUACACGUGCGCCUGUACUAUGGAUAAGGAAUUAAGUGCCGACAAUCAUUCUUGUCGAGAUGUGAAGCAAAACAAACAUUUGUUAGUCGUCGCACGUCGCGGGUUUAUGUUUGGUAAUAUGGGUAAUAUGUUUAUAACAUAUUAUCACCAAAUGUUGGGAAAGCCGAAACUGAUCACAAAUACCACAAUGCAAUCAACACUAUUACCAGCAAGAGCAUUUAUAACGGACGUAACGUCUGAUCCGACCUCUGGCGAGGUAAUUAUAUCAUAUAAGACAUCAGAGACAGAAAUCCUUGUACGCUACGAUCCAGUCGGCAACAACUUUCGAAAGAUCAUGUCGAUCGACUCAACUAAUUUUCAAGGAAUAGCAUUUGAUUAUAUUGGCAAUAACUUGUACAUGACAAACGCGCACAACAAUACUAUCAUGGUACGCAACAUGAAAACCGAGGCAAUGACGGAGUUUUAUUUUAAGGAUUUAACUCCUCAAUAUGUUACAUUGGUGCCUGAAGAAAGCAAGAUGUACGUAGUGUUCCAAAGAAAUUACCAUUUUUCAACAAACGGUUAUGUCUUAUAUGAAAUGAAUAUGAAUGGACUUGGCGAAAGAAAGCUAAUUAGGGACAACAUGACAGCAAGGAUAGCAAUGUGCUACGAUAGAGAUAGUAAAACACUUUUUGUGAGUGAAGAACUGGCUGGUCGUAUCUUGUCGUAUUCGGUCGCUGAAGGUAUCCGUAUCCUUGGUACUGGAUUGAAACCUGCAAGUCUUGCUGUCGCUGGCGACAAUAUU